AAAAAUGUGGGGCUCCUGGUCUCAACUGCCGGGAAAUCUGACCACAGUCUGUGACCACUCAACAACUUUGAAACCACUUACCCACACUGGGGACUCUGCAAUAUGACAAAGGAGUGGUUUUGUUUUUUAAAAAUGUCAGCGGUCGUACUGAUGAAAACCUCACAGUUUCCUGACCAGCCUCAAUAAAAGCACAGCAGCGAAGGGCUGAUCAUUGUGCACAGCAGCGAUCUUCAGUCCAAACCGUUUGAGAUCCUCCCUGAUGCCAUGUCUUCACCUUUCCUGACUCCCCUGGUAGUGGGUCUCCUGAUUGCCGUGGCCCAAGCAGCCCAACAGGACUCAGGCAUUGUGAAUGGCAGGGAGGCUCGCCCACACUCCAGACCUUACAUGGUCUCUGUGCAGGAAAAGAACGAGCACGCCUGUGGAGGUUUCCUGGUGUCCAACUCCUUCGUAAUGACGGCAGCACAUUGCCUGGAGUGGGGAGAGAACCUGACAGUUCUGCUUGGGGCCCAUGACAUUUCUGAGAAAAAGUCAAACAGGGCUGAAGUGAAAUUCUACCACAUCCACCCUGGGUACGAUCGUGACAGAAAGGAGAAUGACAUCAUGCUGCUGCAGCUCAAGACUGCAGUUCAGAAGAGCAAAGAAGUGCAGUGGAUCCCCCUGCCAAAGAGAGAUAAAGACAUCAAGCCCAAAACGCUCUGCAGUGUGGCAGGAUGGGGGGACAUCAAAACAAACGGGACCUUAAGCCCACGCCUCCUGGAAGUUAAUGUGAGCGUCGUGGACCGAAAGCUGUGCAAAAAAUUAUGGAAUGAACCAAUCACAAACAGGAUGGUGUGUGCUGGGGGAAUUGUCAGCAACAAAGGAGCCUGCCAGGGGGAUUCAGGAGGUCCUCUGGUGUGUAAGGACACAGCGGUGGGCAUCGUGUCCUUCGGUGACAGAAACUGCGACAGACCUGGAGCACCGAAUGUUUACACUAAAAUAUCCAAGUACCUGCCCUGGGUCAACUGUAUCAUAAGCAGUAUAAAGUGAGCCGCUGACAAAAUGAUAACCCGGUGUUGAAUUAUGCAAAUUAUUCACAGUGAUGAAUAAAUUAUA